AAUAAUUCUGAACCUUCCGUUUGCCUCACCUCUUGAGGGCUCUGACAAGCCUGUAUAAUUGCAUUCUUGUGCUUCUUCAUUAGCAUAUUCUCUCUAUAUACUUUUGACUUGUAAAUUUAUGAGCAUUCUCAUUGCUCAGUUUCAACUGAAUUUGUGGAUUCGGAGCCAUUCUUUUUCUGUUCGAGAUCUAGAUUGCAUUAUAUAAACUAAAGAAGUCUUUUAAGUUUCAGAGUAAAAUAGAUGGCCAUGGUCUGACAGCAUACAAAUCUGUCAAUCCCUUGUUUCUUUUCCAAGAUUUUUGAUCUGGGUUUUCUUUAAUCAUUUCCGAUUUUCAAAAAAAUGGCACCAAACUCUGUAGUGAUUACACUUGAGCAGCCUGAAAAUGUUUCUUUAAAUUGAGCAAAUGAUUCCCAAAGGGCGUUGAUUUUCCAGGAGAAACAAAAAGCUGCAAGUCCUAAGCAAUUUACUUGGGUUCUUCUUCUCAAAGCACACAGGGUAGUGUCUUGUAUUCCAUGGCUGGCAAUGAGUUUGUGUACAAUUUUCGGUUCGAUCAAGAAACGAAUUACCACUUCUUCCGAUGGGAGGGGAGAAGAGCCCACAUACAGAGGGAAGAAAAUGUACAAGUUUAUAAAAGCAUUUCUUGCUAUUUCAAUUGUGGCUUUGAUUAUUGAAAUCAUUGCUUAUUUCAAGAAAUGGGAUUUGAGUUUGGUUCAUAAUCCAUGGGAAGUUCAGAAUAAUGUUGUGCAAUGGUCUUAUAUGGCUUGGCUUUCUUUUAGAGUUGAUUACGUUGCUCCUCUGAUAAUGACACUAUCCAAAUCUUGCAUCGUACUUUUCAUGAUCCAAUCACUGGAUCGGCUUGUGCAGUGUUUGGGGUGUUUCUGGAUUAAGUACAAGAAGUUGAAGCCUGUGAUUGAAGGCGAACCUUAUGACAUCGAAGAUGGAUCGAGUUAUCCGAUGGUUCUUGUUCAGAUUCCCAUGUGCAAUGAAAGAGAGGUGUACGAACAAUCAAUUGCUGCAGUUUGCCAGCUCGAUUGGCCUAAGGAUCGAUUUUUAGUUCAAGUCUUAGAUGAUUCAGACGAUGAACUUUUACAGAAUUUGAUAAGAGAUGAAUGCUUGUCGUGGAAAGAGAAAGGGAUGAACAUAAUAUACAGACAUCGAUUCAUCAGAACCGGGUACAAAGCUGGCAAUCUUAAAUCAGCCAUGGCUUGUGAUUACGUCAAAGACUACGAAUUUGUUGCAAUAUUUGAUGCAGAUUUCCAACCCAAUCCCGAUUUCCUUAAAUUGUCAAUCCCUCAUUUUAAGAACAAUCCCGAAAUAGGCCUUGUCCAGACUCGAUGGUCAUUUGUGAAUAAGGAUGAAAAUUUACUUACAAGACUCCAAAACAUCAAUCUCUGCUUCCAUUUCGAAGUCGAGCAGCAAGUAAAUGGAGUUUUCCUCAAUUUCUUCGGGUUCAAUGGAACAGCAGGUGUUUGGAGGAUUAAAGCAUUAGAGGAUUCAGGUGGCUGGCUUGAGAGGACUACAGUCGAGGACAUGGAUAUAGCAGUUCGUGCCCACUUGAAGGGGUGGAAAUUUAUCUACCUCAAUGAUGUGAGAGUUCUUUGCGAAUUACCAGAGUCGUAUGAAGCAUAUAAGAAGCAACAACAUCGUUGGCAUUCUGGCCCGAUGCAGCUCUUCAGACUAUGCCUCCCGGACAUUGUAACCUCAAAGAUAUCAGUAUGGAAAAAGGCCAACAUGAUAUUCCUUUUCUUUCUCCUAAGGAAACUUAUACUUCCCUUUUACUCGUUUACUUUGUUUUGUAUCAUACUUCCAUUGACGAUGUUCAUACCGGAGGCUGAAUUACCUACUUGGGUGAUCUGUUACGUCCCCAUUGUCAUGUCCAUUCUGAACAUUUUACCAGCACCCAAGUCUUUCCCCUUUCUCAUGCCAUAUUUGCUCUUCGAGAACACAAUGGGAAGGAAAAGGGGAAUUGUGGGAACUAACAUCUCGUAUGUGAGAAUUUCAUUACAUUGUACUAGAUUCACGUGA